GCUGGCCUUAAACUCACAGAGAUCCGCCUGCCUCUGCCUCCUGAGUGCUGGGAUUAAAGGGGAAAUACUUUUAUAUAAUGGGACUGGUGUGUGUGUGUGUGUGUGUGUGUGUGUAGCUGGCUGGGGAUCCCCAAUUGCCAGUCUUACGUCUGUUUCUGUACAUUACUGGGAAUAUGGCUUAGCUUUGCCUGAGUUGGGAGAUGUGGGACCUGGCUGGUAGCCUUACAGGCCCUUCAGACAUCCCUACCUUUAGUUUUCUCUUUGCAGUGAGUAGGUUGUAUGGACUGAUUCCCGAGGUCUCUUCCAGCUCUGAUAAUAGUCAGCAUCCUGCCUGCAGUACAGAGCCCUCAUUGCUGGCUUUCUUGUACCACUUGAUUUUGGGGGGCUCUUUGUUCUUGUGUUUCAGUCCCUCACACCAGCUUCGGCAGAAGUGUGAGAUUUUGCUUUUUUAGAAAUUGUAUGUUACUCACUGGAAAUGCAGGAAGGAAGCUUCAGCCUGAAGUGUACUCAUGAAAAAAAAAAAAAAAAGCACACACAGAGCAAGAAACCACAGGGCCUAUCAGCCUGUCGUCAUCAAGCAGACUAGAAUAGUGUAGAAAACUCUAGGCAGAGAGGAAAUGAACUAGAGAGAAGGGGGAACAGGCCCCGGAGAGAGGGCAGAGGCGAUGGCCGCGGGGCACUGAACCCGUGAUGGUCAGGAUGGAGGAGGUGGCGGUGAAGCAAGGCUUUCUGCAUCUUCAGCAGCAGCAGACCUUCGGCAAGAAGUGGCGCCGGUUCACAGCCGUGUUAUAUGGAGAGUCUGGCUGCGCCCUAGCCAGACUGGAGCUCCAGGAUGGCCCAGAGAAGACCCGGCGAGGAGAGGCCACUCGGAAGGUUGUCCGCCUCAGCGACUGCUUGAGGGUGGCCGAGGCAGGCAGUGAGGCCAGCAGUCCCCGGGACACCAGUGCCUUCAUCCUGGAGACCAAGGAGCGCCUGUACCUGCUGGCAGCCCCCUCAGCAGAGCGCAGUGACUGGAUACAGGCCAUCUGCCUGUUGGCUUUCCCGGGGCAGAGGAAGGAGCCCGCAGGACUGGAGGAAAAGAAUGACAGGCCCUGCAUGGAGGAGAAUGAGUUGUAUAGCAGCUCAACUACAGGGGUGACCCGUAAGGAAUAUGCUGUGACCAUGCGGCCCACAGAAGCCAGUGAGCGUUGCCGGCUCCGAGGCUCCUACACUCUCAGGGCCGGGGUGAGUGCCCUGGAGCUGUGGGGUGGCCCUGAGCCAGGCACACAGCUUUAUGACUGGCCCUACAGGUUUCUUCGGCGCUUUGGGCGUGACAAGGUGACGUUUUCCUUCGAGGCUGGCCGACGCUGCGUCUCCGGAGAAGGCAGCUUUGAGUUUGAAACGAGACAAGGCAAUGAGAUCUUCCAAGCCCUAGAAGAGGCCAUUGCUGCCCAGAAGAAUGCCGCCCCUUCUGGGCCUCCAACCCUGCCAGCCACAGGGCCCAUGAUGGCCACCGUGCUGCCUCGGCCCGAAAGCCCCUACUCCCGGCCCCACGACUCUCUGCCCUCCCCUUCCCCCGGCACACCGGUGCCCGGCAUGAGGCCAGGGGGCCCCGAGGGGGAAUAUGCCGUACCCUUUGAUACAGUGGCUCUCUCCCUGGGGAAGAGCUUCAGGGGCAUCCUGAAAGGUCCUCCGCGGCUCCUUCCUGACCCGCUCUACGACAGCAUCCAGGAGGGUCCCGUGGCCCCUCCACCCGACCAUAUAUACGACGAGCCUGAGGGCGUGGCUGCCCUCUCCCUCUAUGACAGACCACGGGAGCGCCAGGGGGAGACAUGGAGGGAGCAGGCCACUGCUGAUGGGGGUCCCAACCCACUCCAGCAAGACUCCUCUGUGCCUGGCUGGCCACAGGCAACGGAGUAUGACAAUGUCAUACUUAAAAAAGGCCCAAAUUUUAUAUACAGCUUGCUGUUGACUGAGAAGUCCUUGUGUGACACACAACUGAACUAUGCAGUGGCUUCAGGGCAGCGUGUCCAAGCUGUUUGUGUGUGCUGGGUGUGAUCUGCAGAAACCUGCCCCCUGCUUACAGCGGGGUGUCUCAGGAGGUUCCGCUGUGGACUUUCAGCAUCUCGAGAUGAAUAUGGCAAAUGGGCAACUCUGGGCAAGUGAGAUGGAAUGCUACCAUUUGUAGCACUUGGCCAACUUUAAGCCCUUGAAUGAACAUCAGUCAGCUCCAAACCCUGCAAACCCUGCAAUGGACUUGCACAUCCAUCUGGCUCCAGCAUAUCACCAUAGCAGCGCCCCUUCCUCCUCACUUCUUCCCGAAGCCCCCUUCCCCAUCACCCUCCUGCCUUCUCACUUCUCAUCUUUGAUUA